AUGAGUAUUGGAUCUGCUAUACAGAGUGGGAUUCUAGGAGGUGCACCUGUAGGCAUGGACAACAGUGCACUGGACCUCUCCAGUAGCAUGGUGAAGGGGAUUGGUAGACUCAAAGGAGGUCUCUACAUCUUCAAUCCUUCAGCACCUGCUAUUCUUCUCCAAUUGUGUUACAGUUUCACAUCAACCAAGUUCAAGCUUUCUGUGGAUGUUGUCUUCAAGGAAGGGAUAUUUCCUUUCAAAUAUUCUAAACACAGGUUCCUAGUGAUUCCUAAUCCAACUCCUAGUCAUCUUGUUUCAGAUAUAUUCCUCCCUUCCAACAUAGAACCAGAACCUUCUACCAUUAAUGAACCAGAAUUCACUAUACCUGAUCCUUCAAAUGAUUCAAUAGAUUCACCUGCUUCUUUCUCUAAUUUUCCUGCUAUCUCUCCUAUUAUCCCUACUCAUUCCUCCUCCUCUAUUCCUACUUUGCUUGCAGAAUCAUCAUCUGACAUUCCUGAUGAAUCAAACUCACACUCAAGUGCUAUCCCAGUUACCUAUCCCACACAAGUUAGUAAGUCAGGUAGGGUCUCUAAGCCUCCUAUCUGGCUGACUGACUAUGUACGUCCUUCCCUACCUUCUACUUCUACUUCCACUUUAUCCCUCUAUCCUAUACAUCAGUUCAUUUCCUAUUCUCAUCUUUCACCUACUUUUCAAUCCUACCUAGCCUCUUUUUCUUUUGACAUUGAACCAACAUCUUUCUCACAAGCUAUGGCUAUGAAACUUGAGAUUGAGGUAUUAGAACAAAAUAACACUUGGGAGGUAGUGAAUCUACCUCCUGGCAAAGUCCCUAUACGAUGUAAAUGGGUGUACAAAAUUAAAUACAAUGCUGAUGGCAUAGUGGAAAGGUUCAAGGCAAGGCUAGAAGCAAAGAGCUAUACUCGGCAGGAAGGGAUUGACUUUCAUGAUACCUUCUCACCUGUGGCCAAAAUGACUACAAUAAGGACUGUUAUUGCAGUUGCUGUACUCAAACAAUGGUCAAUAUAUCAAAUGGAUGUACAUAAAUUUGAAUGGUGA